CUUCACCAACCCUGCCCCCUCGUCCCUCGACGUAGCCGACGCCGACGCCGGCGCCGGCGCCUCUCCGAACCGACGCCAUGCCCCCCGUCAAAUGGUUGAUGCACUGGCAUCCGAGUCCCGGGGCGACGCUCAACAGCCAGAUCCUGGCGGAGGCGUGUGGCUGCGCCGAGUCCCUAGGCGGCUCCAAGGACGGGCGGUGGAAGACCUCCAUCUUCUUCUACCGCGCCAUGACCCGGGACGGCGCGGGAGGCCCCGCGGUGCAGCAGCACCCCGACUUGCCUAGGGAGCUCCUCGGCGUCGCGCUCCACGAGCGCCCGGGUCUCUACUUCUCCAUCGUCCGCGCCCAGCGCCUCGUUCUCCAGGCCGAUGCGGCGUUCCCCCAGGUCAUGGAGAAGCUCCAGUCAUACAGAAUCCGCGUCGCCCUCAACUUCGAGGGGUUUCAGUAUCAACUGGGUGAUUUCUGCCUGAGGAUAGGAAAAUGUGUUCCCAAUAAUUCUGAAGCACUGAGAGGAAUCAUGAUGGAGGUAGAGUAUUAUCCCCUAACUUCCAUUGAAAAAUCCAAGGCAGUCAUGGAGGACUUCUUUGACAUAUGGCAGGAAACAGUUGCGAAGAAGUCAUUACCUGGUCAAUUCAUUCAUGUAGACUCAAACUUUUCAGAAUAUGGUCUUUCAGAUCAAUAUUCUUUUCAACAUACUGCAGUUCAAUAUGCAACUUGCUUGCAGCAGCUCAUGGCUGCAGUAACAGUAAGGGGUUAGCUCUAGAGAGAUUCUCAAAACCACUCUAUAACGUCGUAGGUUGAUUGUGGCAGCAUUCACAAUGCCUGGAUAUAUGUUGUGUAAUUGACAUACAAUUUACAAAUGGGUUCCCUUCCUCAUGUUCUUUUAAGAUGCCCA